UAUCUCCUAAAAUUAUAGUGAAAUUGGCUCUCUCUUACUCGUGGACUAGCUAGCUAACACACAUCGUGGUAGUGAACCACAUCUGCUUAUCUUGUUUCAUUUCUUUCUUUCGUUUUCUUGAUCCGUUGAUACUUCGGUUGCCCGAUCCGUAAAACAGUCACCAGACUACCCUUGCUUAAUUGGUUAAUGUUAGAGCUAAACUCUAAUUUUCCAUUUGAAAUUGUAUUCAUCGACAUUUAAUUGUUCAAUAUGAUGAGAUAGUGCAUAAUCUCGAAUGACUCUAAUAUUCCAUUUUUAAAUUGUAUUCAUCGGCAUUUAAACUACACGUUUUUCUUGUUUGCCAUAAUUAUACAAUUGAAACAAAAAUCCUUUUGAGAUGAUCCAAACGACUGUUAUAGGAUACAAUCCAUAUAUAGAAUCCAUGCAAAAUCAAAAGUGCAGCACGAAGUGUAUUCCCAUUCUUUAAUUAGAGUAUAUAUGAGUUAAAACAGAUGGAGAAAUAAAUAUUAGGUAAAUGUGGUAAUUUGAAUUCAAUCCGUCAAUUCAAUUUAUAAUUCAGAUACCUAAAUGUUUUGAAAUGGAAAAUAUCAUUCAAAUUUUAUAUUUUGACACUUGAGUUUAUAUAAUGAAAUUUUAGUAUCUAACUUUUCAAAAUUUUCACAAUAGAAUUAGAUGCCACAUGAAUCCAUGAAUUCACAAAUACAUAUUUUUAAUGCAAUCAAUGAAUUCACUAGGAAGAAAAUGUAAAAUCCUUAUCCAUCCCAUAUUUGAUGAGUAUAUACAAGUUGGAUGACACAUUAAACCAUGAUACCAAUGAAUUCCAUCCUCGUAAGAUUUUCCAAGCUCAAUUAUCACACUAUUAUAGCAGUUGGAUCAUUAAUUAUAUUUCUAAUUUCAACACGACAUAUCAUAUCUCGGUGUCAUUCCACGUCAUGUGGGAGUCAUUUUUAUUUUGAAUCUCGCACUGACUCAGAUUUCAAUUUGUAUCAUAUGUUGACGAUCUCUGCCUGUUCAUGUAUGAUUGAAUUUGUCUUUGUACAAGGUCUACAUGCAUUAUUGGUUCUUGGUCUUUGCCCUUCAUCUUCAAGUCCACUUUAUUUUGUGAUGAAUAGAUAGAGGAAAUAAGCAAGCUAGCUAGCCUGCUAACAAUCAUUCGUCGUUCUCACCAAGCAGAUCAGUCUAUAAUUAAAUGGCGUGCGUUGCAUUCGUUGAAAUAUGAACAGCAUAACCACUUGCAGAAAGUGACUGAGAAGAAGAUCUCUACAAAAAAAGAAAACACAACUAACAACCACGAACACACAAACUAAUGGCCCAAAACUGAAUGAUGCUAAGAGUCAAUGAUAGCAGCGACCAGGAGUAGCAGUAGUUGGCACAUGAUCAAUAAAUUAUCUUUCCAGGAGCUAGUGCUGUCAUACCAACAAAUUACAAUCUGUUUUUCUUCAGCAAUUCUACUUCCUCUGUACCCCUUUCUUCUCUUUCUCAUUACAUGACACCCACUUAGUGUCACAUUAAUAAAGAUUACUAAUUAGUUAUAUAUACAUAAAAAAAAAUCUUCUAACAAUCCAAUCUCGUCAAGACCAAUUGAUUCAUGACAAGAUAUCGGCAGAAACUGGCCACCAUUUUCGUUUGGGGGAAAUAAAACAAGCUCAUCAACAAAGGCACAUGACCAACCACUUCCUAUAUAUUGAAUCAAAUCCCUUUUUUUUAUCCAUUCCAUCCACCAUUUCCCUCUCUGAACCAACAGCAGAUCGAGGAAUCACAAACACUAGUCGCCAAAGGUAAUCGUUGCAAGCUUCAUUCACGCUUAUCAAGUUGCAAUUCAUCAGAAGCUUUCAUUUCCCCCAUAAAAGAUCAUUGAUUUAACACACAUACUGUUAUUGUUUCCACAACGUAGCUAGCCAUGAACACUGAGCUGCAAGAACCUGCUUCGGCGGCCAGAGAGAAGAAAGAGAACGAAGAUGCUGAUAAAGAUCACGAUGAGGACGAUCCAUCGUCAUUGAAUGAGAGAUCCUUCAGAGCUCAGCCAUGGACACGGCAGAUCACAGUCAGGGGACUGAUAGUGAGCAUCAUGAUCGGGUCAAUGUACAGCGUGAUCGCCAUGAAACUGAACCUAACAACUGGCUUAGUCCCAAAUCUCAACGUCUCCGCGGCCCUGCUGGCUUUCGUGUUCAUAAGGGCGUGGAACAAUUUGGUCGGGAAGUUUGGGUACGCGACCAGGCCGUUUACUCGACAGGAGAACACCAUGAUCCAAACCUGUGCAGUUGCGUGUUACAGCAUCACGGUGGGAGGCGGGUUCGCUUCUUAUCUGUUGGCGCUGAACAGGAAGACAUACGAGCUUUCUGGGUUGCAGACGGAGGGAAACUCUCCUUAUGCUGUUAAGGAACCUGGUUUCGGUUGGAUGUUUGGCUACCUUUUUGUGGUUUGCUUUGUCGGGCUCUUUGUCUUGAUUCCACUCAGAAAGGUGAUGAUAGUGGACUUGGAAUUGGCUUAUCCCAGUGGCUUGGCGACUGCAGUUCUUAUCAAUGGAUUCCACAAUCGAGGGGACGAGAUGGCGAAGAAACAGGUUCAUGGGUUCAUGAAGUACUUUUCAGUGUCCUUCCUGUGGGCAUUGUUCAAGUGGUUCUAUGCGAAAACAGAGCAAUGCGGGUUCAACCAGUUCCCUACCUUCGGGUUAAAAGCUUGGAAGCAAACGUUUUUCUUCGAUUUCAACACGACGUACGUGGGAGCAGGGAUGAUCGUCUCCCACCAAGUCAACCUGUCUCUGCUUUUCGGAGCUGUGCUAUCUUACGGGAUCAUGUGGCCGCUCAUCGGCGGCCUUAAAGGGAAGUGGUUCGAAGCCGAUCUGCAAGAAAGCAGCAUGAAGAGCUUAUAUGGUUACAAGGUCUUCCUGUCGGUUGCACUCAUCCUCGGAGAUGGGCUCUACAACUUCAUAAAGGUUAUGAGCUUCACAAUCAUCAACAUCCACGGAAGGUGGAAGAACAAGAAGCUGAAACCAGAAGGGGAAGUUCAGGAUGAUAAGAAAGAAACAGAGCUUUUCCAGCGAGAGAAGAUACCCAUGUGGGUAGCAAUGGCGGGCUACAUAGCCUUCUCGAUCCUAUCCACGAUCGUGGUUCCGACCAUAUUUCCACAGCUCAAAUGGUACUACGUCGUCGUAGCAUACGUGCUCGCUCCAUCUCUGGCCUUCUGCAACGCCUACGGAGCCGGCUUAACCGAUAUCAACAUGGCUUACAACUACGGCAAAAUUGCUCUGUUCGUGCUCGCAGCUGUGUCAGGGAAACAAAAUGGCGUAGUUGCUGCUCUGGCAGGGUGCGGGCUGAUCAAGUCCGUGGUCUCCGUGGCCUGCAUUCUGAUGCAGGACUUCAAGACGGCUCACCUAACGCAGACGUCGCCGAGGGCCAUGUUCGUGAACCAGGUGAUCGGAACUGCAAUCGGCUGCCUAAUGGCCCCACUCAGCUUUUUCUUGUUCUACAAGGCAUUCGACGUGGGGAACCCGUACGGAGAGUUCAAAGCUCCAUAUGCUUUGAUAUACAGAAACAUGGCGAUUCUCGGGGUGGAGGGCUUCUCGGCUCUGCCACGGCAUUGCUUGCAGCUCUGUUACGGGUUUUUCGCCUUCGCGGUGGGGGUUAAUAUGGUGAGGGACGCAGCUCCUGGGAAGGUGGUGGGCCGGUGGAUGCCGUUGCCGAUGGUGAUGGCUAUUCCGUUUCUGGUCGGGGCGUAUUUCGCCAUCGAUAUGUGCAUCGGAAGCUUAGUUGUGUAUGCUUGGAGCAAACUGAAGCCGAGGAAGGCAGAGUUUAUGAUCCCGGCGGUUGCUUCUGGGUUGAUUUGUGGGGAAGGGCUGUGGACUCUUCCGUCGGCGGUUCUCGCUUUGGCUAAGGUGAACCCGCCUAUCUGCAUGAAGUUUGUGGGCUCCUAGGCAAAGUAGUUCUUGAUACAAUGCUUAGCCUACUCACAAGCCCCUACCGAAUCCCGAUUCCUCGAGCUUCAAUACCGGUGCAUACUGGAAUGAAUCUAAAGAAACUAAUAGAAAAUUUGAGUGAUUUACAGUAAGAAUCAUCACGCUUUGCAUAUUAUAAGUCGCAGAAGGGCGACAAAAUGACGAGCCAAACAUUGCAGCAGAAUGUAGGGGUAGCCAGUAUGUCUCAUACUUCAUUGAUGAUACAGCAAAAAAUUCACAAAAGAAUCAAGCGCUGAAACAACG